AGGCCCUUUUUCCACUGAAGAAAAAGGCGGGUAGUCAAAGAAAGGGAGUCCACUGCAGAUCUUUGAGGUGAAGCGUCGCCGCAGAAUCCUUUCCUUGCCUAGGGUUACCGGGGAAUCUGGAUUCACUUUUCUAAGUGUUUGUUCUUCGAUUCCGAUUGGAGGAAGUAUCUCCAUCUCCAGCUGACCAAGAUUGUGGCCUCUCGGGUUGUCUUAUAAUGUAUAGAUGUUUGUGCGAGGGUUGUUUUUCUAAGCUAAUUGGAAGGGUUAUCCACUGUUUUCUUCUUAUGGGAAGCUUUAGUUAAUCUACUUGCUUUUGUCUAUGGUGGUUAACACGAGGUCAGGUGAUGAUGGUUGCCGCGGUGGAUGGCAAGUAGGAAUGGUGAAUUGGGAGUGGAAGAUAUUAAUGAAACUGUGGGCGUGAUGCCGAGCUUCAUUCCUUCAGUUGUUUCGACUCAAGCAGUGGGUGCUGAGGAAAAUAAUGGUCAUGCAUCAAGAGUAUCUGAUUAUGGGGAUUUGGACCAGUCCAGUGGAUUUUGUAUAAACGACAGAGGUGACGUAACAAGAAGUCCUUUAUUGAACAAAAAACCAAGUGGCCAGGCCUUUGCUUCAUAUUCUCUUCAAUUUGGUGCUUUUGUCAAAAGCUCGUCAACUGAUACUGCUCCAGCAACUAGGAUUAGUUCUGUGACUUUUGACCAGCAGAAGGGAAAGCAAACUAGUCUAAUACCUUUAUCCAGUGAUCAAUUUGAGAACUGGGGAGAUUCAACCAUGGCAGACAACAGUCCUAGGACUGAUACCUCCACGGAUGUGGAUAUUGAUGACAGGAACGAUAGGUUUGAUAAAGGACAAGGUAUUGCUGUAACAGCUUCUGAUUCUAGCGGCAGAUCAAAAGAAAAAGUAGGAGAUCAGAAAACUCUUAGACGGCUUGCUCAAAACCGUGAAGCUGCUAGAAAAAGUAGAUUAAGGAAAAAGGCUUAUGUUCAACAACUAGAAAAUAGUAGGUUAAAGUUAACUCAACUUGAGCAGGAGUUUCAGAGGGCACGCCAGCAGGGAAUUUUUCUUUCAAGCUCCGGGGAUCAAUCACACUCGAUGAGUGGAAAUGGAGCGUUGGCAUUUGACAUAGAAUAUGCACGAUGGCUGGAAGAACAUAACCGGCUGAUCAGUGAACUGAGGGCUGCCGUGAAUGCUCGUGCCAGUGAUAAUGAUCUUCGUGUGAUAGUUGAUGGGAUAACGGCACAGUAUGAUGAGAUAUUCAGGCUGAAGGGAAUAGCUUCUAAGGCAGAUGUUUUUCACAUUCUUUCUGGCAUGUGGAAGACGCCUGCAGAGAGGUGUUUUCUUUGGUUGGGUGGCUUCCGUUCAUCAGAACUUCUCAAGCUUCUGGUAAAUCAGUUGGAACCUCUGACUGAGCAGCAGUUGGUGGGAAUUUGCAACCUCCAGCAGUCUUCUCAACAGGCAGAAGAUGCCCUUUCGCAGGGCAUGGAGGCUCUGCAACAGUCUUUGGCAGAAACUUUGGCUGGUUCUCCUGGCCCCUCUAGCUCCUCUGGUAAUGUAGCAAACUACAUGGGACAGAUGGCUAUGGCCAUGGGAAAGCUUGGCACUCUAGAAAAUUUCCUUCGGCAGGCUGACAACCUGCGACAACAAACCCUGCAACAAAUGCACCGAAUAUUAACGACUCGACAAUCAGCUCGAGCUCUUCUUUCCAUACAUGAUUAUUUUUCAAGGCUCCGUGCACUUAGUUCUCUGUGGCUCGCCCGUCCUCGUGAGUAAUGGUACAUUUGAAUGAUUCUAUUGUAAGUCUGCAUCACAUUCAAAUAAUCUCAAUCGAAAGAAUUUAAUGCAGCAUUUUGUUUUGAUCGAAAUGGUCACUUGAUUUUCUUGUAUGAUUUCUGACUUGGAAGAUCAUGGCCGACCAGCUUUCUAAUCUUGUAAAAAUGUAUGAUAGGUGCGGUGAUUCACUCCUUUAUGUGUAUUAUAUGUUGUAACAAAGAACAAAAUUAUUAUUGUAGCAUGUAUAAGCUUUGUUAUUUAGGCCAGACUGAAAUACUAAUUGUUCAAUAAAUUAUCCCCUUUGUUGCUCACUA